CCCGGUCCCUCUCUUAUCCAUCUUCUUUCUCUCUCUCUAAACCCCGGAUAUUCAUCAUCAUCACUAUGAUGCAACCAGGAGCAGGCGUGGGACCCCAGGCAAUGGGCCAGCAGUAUCCUCAGCAUGCCCAGCAGCCCUACAUGAUGAUGCCGCCGCAGGCCGGCCAGGCGCCACCGGUUUGGGCCGCUCAGGGCCAGGUGGCUACGCCUCCACAACAGCAGGCUCCGCCGCAGGCCCAGCUCACCAGCGCCGACGAGGUCCGGACGCUUUGGAUCGGAGACUUGCAGUACUGGAUGGAGGAGAACUAUCUUUACAGCUGCUUCGUUCACACCGGCGAGGUUGUUUCGGUGAAAGUCAUCCGUAAUAAACAAACUGGUCAGUCAGAAGGUUAUGGCUUUAUUGAGUUUGUUAGCCGCCCUGCUGCAGAGAGAGCCCUCCAAACAUUCAACGGAUCCCCUAUGCCAAAUGGUGCUCAGAAUUUCAGACUAAACUGGGCAUCUGCAGGAGAGAAGCGUUCUGACGAUACGCCUGAUUACACAAUAUUUGUUGGAGAUUUAGCUGCUGAUGUUACAGAUUACACGCUUCUGGAGACGUUCAGGGGCCGGUACCCAUCGAUUAAGGGUGCAAAAGUUGUUAUUGACAGGCUCACUGGCCGUACGAAGGGCUAUGGUUUCGUUAGAUUUGGAGAUGAAAGUGAGCAGAUCCGUGCUAUGAAUGAGAUGAAUGGCGUUCUCUGUUCUACCAGACCUAUGCGGAUUGGCCCUGCUGCAAACAAGAAUGCAGUUGGUUCUCAGCAAUACUCCAAAGCUUCAUAUCAGAGUUCUCAAGGGGCUCAGAACGAGAAUGACCCGAAUAAUACAACUAUAUUCGUUGGUAAUUUGGAUUCCAAUGUAACGGAUGACCACCUGAGACAAGUCUUCCACCAAUAUGGUGAGCUGGUCCACGUGAAGAUACCAACAGGCAAGCGCUGUGGGUUUGUCCAAUUUACUGACAGGAGCUGCGCUGAAGAAGCUCUCCGGAUGCUGAAUGGGAGCCAGUUGGGAGGACAAAACAUUCGACUCUCUUGGGGCCGUAGUCCUAACAAACAGGUUGACAGCCUCAGCAAGAUGCAGGGCGGCGGUUACUAUGGAUAUGCACCGGGUCAUGAGGGCUAUAGCUAUCCUCCUGUUUCCCAAGAUCCGAGCAUGUACUAUGGAGGCUAUCCUGGGUACGGGAACUACCAGCAGCAGCCACAACAGCAGCAGCAGCAAGUGGGAUACAGCUGAGGAGUUUGAAUCCUGUCUUGUCUUGUGGGGGUGUCUGUCCUUGGAAGUAACUCAAUAAUAUGUUUAGAUACUCCUCUCUUUCUUAUCUAUCUGGUUUCUGGAAUAUGGAUUUUUAUUUUUAGGUUUUUAUUUUGUAUUGCUAAAGACAAUAUGAAGUUUCGCAAACUCUCUGAUCUUCUGCUUCUUAAUAUAUAUGUGCUUUUGGAUGUGUAUUUGAUAUGUACAUCCUGAGUUUUUGGGAA